ACCAGAACCGAACACGGGCUCGCACAUCGGUGUGCGCUUUCCAGGGAGGACCUGCAGAUUCCGAAAUGAGGAAGUGCAGCCAGAACGUAUAAGGAGCACUUCUGCUGAGUUCUCUAUGAUUCAGCAACGGACUGAACAGUCGUUUCCCGCCGUUUCAAGCAGUAAAUCAUGGCAGAACCCAGGCAGCCCUCUGACCGGCCUCAGAGGAAGAUGUCCACUUCAGGAAACAGCUUGUAUAAAGUGCUAGGUUUAGAGAAAGGGGCUUCGGCAGAGGACAUUAAAAAGGCGUACAGGAAACUUGCCCUGAAAUACCACCCGGACAAGAACCCAGACAAUCCUGAAGCUGCUGAGAAGUUCAAAGAGAUCAACAAUGCCAACUCCAUCCUCAACGAUGAGACCAAGAGGAAGAUCUACGACGAGUAUGGCUCCAUGGGUCUUUACGUCUCUGAGCAGUUUGGAGAGGAGAGUGUCAAAUACUACUUCCUCAUGUCAAAGUGGUGGUUUAAGGCGAUGGCGCUGUGCUGCACGCUUUUCACCUGCUGCUGCUGUUGCUGCUGCUGCUGCUUCUGCUGCGGGAAGUGCAAGCCCCCCGAGGACGACGAGAACUACCAGUACGUGGAUCCAGAAGACCUGGAGGCUCAGAUCAAAGCAGAACAGGAUGGGGGAGGUGAGACAAUAAUAAUUGUUCAGCCCAUGCCAAGUCCAGGUCCAGAGAACCCCAGUGACGCGCUGCCGGAGUCGAAAUGACUCAGAGACGAUGAGCUGGAUGAGCUGCGUCAGGGAUGGGGAGGCUCAAGUGCCCCUAUUGUGAUCCAGCCGCAUUCCACCAUCACCACUUCGGAGACCACCCACUUCGCAGCCAGCCAGCCCAUGUACUCCGCCCAGCAGUGAGCCACCUGCCCACUGCAGGGGUUUCAUUGUAAGGUCUUCCCCACCUUUGAUGGGAUACAGGGCACCAAACUGUGGCUACUGCCCGAGUCCUCGGCACUGACGUUAUCGGAAGCGAAUGGGAUGGGAACCUUCUGCCAAGCUCACGUCAAUUAUUCUUCUCAAUCGUCUCUCACUCUCAUCUGGAAACCCAUCUAACUGUGAGCCUAGAAGGAAAUGGGCUUGAUUCCUUUUGGGUGGGGGGGUCAAUUCUGGGUCUGAUUUUCUUCUUUCUCUGUUUUUAAAUCGGUAAAUCAGCGCUGGAACUAUCUUGUGUAAGUAGCAUGGAGUUGAAGGCUCAUCCGGGUGCAUGCACAGCAAUAACUGCAUGCCCUUAUUGUCCAGCUCUCACACACACUGUACAUGCUCCUGUACACCUUCCACGACCCCCACACCCCACCAUCCCGCUCCCAUUCCUGUCCCUAAAGUAAAUCUGAGGGGCCACAAAUAUCCUGUUACUCUUGAUUUCUGAACUGGAGCAUCUUUGACUCUUAUCUAAGCAGAUUUUCUUCUAGUUGGGCUGUGCUCAGCCAGCAUUUACAACAGAUUGAACCAGGUCAUUUCAUUUUAGGUUUUAUCUACUUUGCCCUUUUCUGCAAAUGACAAGGCGUUGCUUUGCCAGUCCGUUCUGACCAAAGCCAAGAUGUACAUCUUUAGCAGAGGUGCAGUGCCUAGUGCUCAAAGCUCUGUCCAGUGGUCGCACAUGUCUUAACGGCAUACCACUCGAAAACUGCUGGUCAGAGAAAUUUAUGACUAUGCACUUUUCCUGCACUGGUCAGGUUUUUCAGAAGGCACUCUAAGUCAAUGCAAGCCUUCUCAGAGGCGGAGUAGAUAUUAAAGCUGAGUGCAGUUUUAGUUUUAUGCAGUUAAUGGACUGAUAUGGGAUCAGCUUGAUGUUAGAUGAACGCUAUGCCAAAUCAUAACAUUGCUGUACUUGCUUUUUUUUUUUGUAAAAGUAUCCAGUGACAUAACAUCUUUAUAAAUGAGUUUAUUUAUUUUGAAGAUUAUGUUCUAGCUGUUAUAGAUUUCAGUCAUUGUUACAUGUAUUUUGUUAAGCUUUUAAAAAAAAAUCAUAAUUCUGAGCAGAUCUUCCACUAAGGAGAUGCUCAGUAUAUUAUGUGUGAACAUCAUCCGUCAGUUUCGGUUUUGUAUUGUAAGCUUGCUGUUUCGCACUGUUGGGUGGUCCAUAUCAUUUAGAGUCAAUGCCAAAUUUUGUCUUUUAUUGUUGAUCCUGUCCCUGCGGUCAAGCGAUGUGGUCAUUCUUUAUAUUCUCUUCCCAAAAUGUUACCUGACGUUUCGAUUCUUCUAUAAUUCUUAGAUGUUGGAGUUAAGAUGCCAAAUACAAAUGUGCAAGUCCAUAGCAUUUCAUCACACUUCUCCUGUCUCGCACUGCUGUGUGCUGUGUUGGUUUAUUAGGUGAACACUAUGCUCAGUAGCUCAGCCACAUAUAUAUAAACCUCGGUGUACACGAUCAUUUUUAUGGACUGAAUCCGUGUUUCUAAAUGCAGGUCCUCGAAUCACCUCUGCAGGACUGUUUUUCCUGCUCUAACAGGCUCAUUAAAUAAUGCAGGAUUUGUUGUUUGGCUGAGGUGUGUUGGGUGCAGAGGGAUUGGAGGACUAGAUUUAAGAAACACUGGCUUAAAUUCCUUUUUUUUGUAUAUCAAGUUUUGCCACCAGCAUCUAGUACACUUGAAAGUACCCUGCGAUCUGGAAUGCUUUUAGACAUUUUUAGCCUUUUUUUCAAUAGUGCACAAAUGAACUUGGGAGUUUUAAAUAGCAUAGGGGGCAUCAGGAGGCCUGAGCCUGACUACAUCACUACUUCGUCACACCUGGAAAACAGGGACCCCUUGCUGCACCUGUGCAAUCAAAGCUUGGUCAUUGUUUUCUUUAUGUUACUGUCCAACAUGAUUCUUUAUCCAGAAACGUCUAUUUAUACUGUUGAAUCUAAAGGAAUUAAAAGAUGGGGGGAUUUUUAAA